CAUCCACUACGCGUGCGCAAGAGCUCCAAAUUAUUAAAACAAACUACAAAUAAAUGACAGGAGGACUACAUUUUUUUCUCAGACCUGCGCAGUAGAGAUUCAGAGACCUUUAAAUGUACUGUACGUGCAAAGAUGGCAGCUCAAGUCGACUUGCUCCGUGCGAAAGUAGAAGAAGAAAGAUUCAGGGUGAGUCUGGAUCGAUUCAUGAAAGAGAAGAAGAAGAAGAAGAAACGGGAGCUGUCUCCUUCAGCUGUCAAACGAGAGAGGUCCGAGAAGGAGGUGAAGAAAGUGAAGCUCCAUCACCACCACCACCAACAACACGCUGAGCACAGGAGCCACCAACCGCAUCAGCUGCAGCAAGACCCAGCAGCAGCAGCAGGACUCAACUUCAACGCAGAGAAACAUGUCCUGCACAAACACCACCACCACCACCAUCACCACCACCACCAUAACCACAGCCUCAGCAAUGGAACGAAGAAGAGUGUGCACCCUCCUCCUCCACCUCCUCCUCCUGCAGCGAGGAAGGGACCCGAGCAGCUGCAGAAGAAGCGAGCAGCUCCUUCCUCUGAGCCACCUGCGCUCUUCACUUUCACGCCCCUCAAGAUGGUCAAGGCCAAACCUCAGGACUUCAAAGAGAAGCACAGGGAGACAGAGCUGAAAGUGAAGCCCAAGAAGGAGAACACUGAAGCGAAUUUAAAGCAUGCAGAAGGAAAGAAAAAGAAGGAGCCAAAGCCCAACAACGAGAACAUCAAGUCUCUAACUCUGGAGGAAUACCUCCUGAAGAAGAAAAAGAAGAAGAAGAAGCACAGAGAGGAGGAGCGCGGUGCCAAGAAAGUCCGGCACAUGCACAACAAAGCGGUGCAGACUGUGUGUUCAGGACUCGGACCGGACCUCAAUCUGCCCGUGAGCCCGGACUCAUCCCUGAAGCAGGAAAACAACCGCCAACCAUGCAGGGACCCCGUCAUCAACCACCAACCCUACCUCCACCCUCUCAAACUGGAACACGUCCCCUUCCUCUCCCAUCAGGAUCACUACAUCCGCAGCUCCUGCCUCCAGACGGGCAACUACGGGCGCUUCAUGCACGAGGAGAGGCAAGCAAACGGCGGGGGGUCGGUUCUGCACGCCUAUGCUGAUGAGCUAGCGUGUCUGAGUCCGGCACAGAUGGAGUGCUUCGCCCAGGAGUUUCUGGAUUUGGCUUUUGCUGAGAAGCCCAGAGCUGCAGCCACGUAUGCUCUGGCCGUGGUGCACAGUGCAGCCGCCUACCUUCCUGACUUCUUGGACUACUUCGCCUUCAACUUCCCUAACACGCCGGUCAAAAUGGAGAUUCUGGGAAAGAAAGACAUUGAGACCACCACCAUCGCUAACUUUCACUCUCAGGUGAGCCGGACUUACUGUUCAGGAACGUACCGGUCUGGACCCAUGAGGCAGAUCAGCCUGGUGGGAGCCGUGGAUGAAGAAGUAGGAGACUAUUUCCCAGAGUUCCUCGACAUGCUGGAGGAGUCGCCCUUUCUCAAGAUGACUCUACCAUGGGGCAGCCUCUCCAGUCUGAAGCUGGACUGUCGCUCUCAGAGUGACGACGGGCCCAUCAUGUGGGUGAGACCAGGAGAACAAAUGGUUCCCACUGCUGACAUGCCCAAGUCUCCUUUCAAGAGACGCAGAUCCAUGAACGAGAUAAAGAACCUGCACUACCUGCCGAGGGCCAGUGAACCCAGAGAGGUGCUGUUUGAGGACCGCACCAAGGCCCAUGCUGACCAUGUAGGACAGAGCUUUGACUGGCAGAGCACGGCAGCUGUGGGAGUGCUGAAGGCAGUGCAAUUUGGGGAAUGGAAUAACCGACCUCGGAUAACCAAAGAUGUUGUGUGUUUCCAAGCUGGAGACUUCAAUGAAGUUGUGCAGAGGCUGCAGCUGGACCUCUAUGAGCCUCCAGUGUCUCAGUGUGUGCAGUGGGUGGAUGACGCGAAGCUCAACCAGCUGAGGAGAGAGGGCGUCCACUACGUGCGACUCCAGCUCUGUGACAAUGACAUCUACUUCAUACCGCGUAAUGUCAUCCACCAGUUUAAGACGGUGUCUGCGGUCUGCAGCCUGGCCUGGCACAUCCGCCUCAAACAGUACCACCCUGACAAGAGCGACAAAGAGGAGGAGGAGCAGCUGCCCAACGACCUCAGCCCCACCUCAGGACGAGUCUCAUUUUCUUCCCCUGCAAUGCCCGACGCCACCUUUACCCCGUGUGCUCAACCACAGGGAAACAACAUCAGAGGAGGGGUGGCCAAGACUGAAGAGCCAGAGUUCCAGAGGCCGGCGACCCCUCCCAGGGAGCCUCAGCCGGCUGCUCCACAGCCCACCAAGUCUGCUCACCUGCCGGCAGCGUACCAGGAUCCACAUCUUUCUCUGGAGCCGGUCCACUCUGGAUGUACGCCAUCAAGAGAAGCGUCACUUCCUAAUCUGUGCCACACUGCAGAGUUCCCUAAAUGAGCUCCCACCUCCCUCUCGGCCUCUAAGGGAGGCUUUAAAUAUUGACUGAAGUGUGUAAAUCAGGAACUUUUCAACAUAAAUUGUUCUUUAAAGUUUUUUUAAAUCUCCCUCAAGCUUUUUAUGUUCAGCCAAAGUUUAUCAUUUAAUUCAACCUGUUUUGUUGUUUAUAAUUUGAUAGCACCUUAACUGGAACUCUCCAAGGACUCAUUUAACAGUAUGUGUUGAAGGAACUCUCGUUUUUUGACUGACCAAACAAGUGGCCACGCCUACUGGAGGAGACAUUUUGCAGAUUUGUUUGAUGAGAUGAGAGGACUCAGACGUUUUACUCAUGCAGGUGGUUCGUAUGAGUUUGUCUGGAUGCAUGACUCGGACAUUUUACUGCUUUAUUUAUUCAGACUGAGUGCACCUAGAAGAUGCAGUCGUCCUUCUUCUGUUUGAGAAAUCUUAGUUGUCUGCACGCCCAAAUCAGCCACAGCACUUUAAUGUGAAAAUCUGAGUUCAAUGAGUCUUUUAUUUUGAAAUUUAAACUAAGAAGAUGCGCUUUAAUUUUUUUUAUUGAAGCACAAGCACUUCAGAUUUUAUUCAUCUGCUUCCUAGGUUGCAGUUUGUGCACUUCCUUAUUUAAAAGGCAUUUUAUACUGUGCUCUUUUUUACUGUUCAUAUUUUUUAUCUUAUUUAUUUUCUUAAGAUUGAGCUGACUCCAUGAAUGCAGGUCUCAUAACCACCCAUGAAUGAAUAAAGUUAGAGAAAAGAGUUUCAGCCGUCGCAAUAAUUGUCUGAAUCUCCUCUUCAGGUGUGGAGAAUGUCGUCAGAGCUCGGUAUGUAAAUGUGUUUUUUGGUUUUUUUUUGUCUUGGGGUCACUUGACUUUUGUUUUUCUCACCCUUCUUUUGAUUAAGCUGUGAAAGCCACUGAGCGUGUGUCUGGAGGGUUUCUGGUGUGGUGUUCACCUCUCUGACUGCAACUCUGUGGCUUCACUAUGAACGGCUGAUGCUCUGUGUUAAAAUCUGAGGCCUCCAACAGAUGUGUUUAACCGUUCUGCAAUAGACAGGACAUUGAGUCCUGAGAUGAUCUUUAUUUUUGUCAGAGCAUGACGUUAACAGUCCACAGAGCCUCACAGAGGACUUACAGUGAAGAAGUAAGACUGCCUUCUCUCUACCGCUGACUGCGUCUUAGUGCCUUGUACUGUAAACGGUUAGCCUAAUUUAUUUGAUUUGAUUUGUUUGUAGGAUGGCGAGAUAGAGACUUGCCAACCACCUGAUGUGAGAGUGUUUAUUGUUUUAUUUAUUGAUGAGAAAAGUUGCUUAAAGGUGCUGUGAGGAACUUUUGUUUUGUAUCGAUUCUGGCGCCCCCUUGUGGACAAAGUGAUACCUCUUAUCUCUUGUCCUAUACGUGCAAAAGUAGUGUUUUCAACAAAAGCCUCAUCCUGUUGUGUUCAACAGUCAACUUUAUCAGGCAAUGUGAUUAUUUUCCAUGAAAACAGUCAAAUAAAGGCUGUUUCUGAAGCAAGAUGUCCAUCAUCUGGUCUGACACCUACCCCCCCAGGGCAGUUUCAGGCAUUAAAAAUGUCCACAGAGAAGGUGCCAGUGUUGCUGCUGAUGGACUUGUUUGCUAUUGAAGGUCAUAAAUAGGCAUCAGUAUCAUUUUCAGUCUGUUUGUCAGCCUGUUCCAAACUCCUCACAGGGCCUUUAAAUGAUGCUUUCUGAGUUUUAAAUCUGCAUGUCACUGAGAGCGAAGACAUCAUCAUAGUGUCACUUAAAAAUAUAACUGCAUACUAGAUCUUAUUCAGGAAAUGUGUCUGUUCUAGGGUCCUGAUAUCACUAGAUCAAUAUAGAAAUAAAUAGAUGGAUGCAAUGCCAUCACAUCAGUCCUCUGUCAUAUGUGCUGUGUGAGUGUUUCCCACAGAAUGACAGUAUACCUGGAGUGGAGGGGUCAGGGGUUAACAUUCAAGAGAUACAUUAAUACAUUCAAGUGCACAAAUCAUGUUCUUACAAUCCAUAUGCACAUUGUAUUUAUUUCUGUUUUUAGCAAACAUUGAUCUCCACAUUUUUGAUCUUUCUCUCCAUCAGAUCAAAUUAUACUCCAUCUGUUUGCCUUUCUGCACUAUCUUAUAAUAAUAAUCUGGUCUGGUGUCCUCCUUGUGCCAUUUUAAAAAAUCUCUUCACAUGUAACCUUUUCACACCAAUGAUAAAUGCAUUUAUUUAAAUACA